AUGAGCUUCGUGGAACACGACAUGGGUGCAUAUUCACGCGCCUCCACGACCCCCACCUCUACUGCCCCGCCAGUAGGCUCUGCUCGGCCGCAGAAUGAUAUACCGGCUUACCUCAACUCCUCUUCACGCGCCGACCCUCCGUUUUCCUCUCGACCUGCCUCAAUGACGUCCCAUCCGAAUGCCUUCGCCCCCGACUCACAAUCCACACCCUCCUACCGCCAUCCGGACCCGAUGGCGACCGAUCCACAAUCCGCGCCGGAUUCUCCACGAUUACAACCUACAAAUCAAUCAAUGCAGUCCGUGCCGGGAUCCGAAGUCAAUUCUCCGAGUCGCAUUCGAGUCCAGAGCUUGUCUCACAUCCAGAGUCUCGCCAAUGAAGACCUCGUAGGUUCGCGAGGUUCGCAACCGUCCGGGCCUAGGUGGCAGCGACAGUACGAGAUCAGCUCCAUGCCGGUCACGGAGAUCAUCGAGAUGGUCGCUGGACUCCUCACAAAGAUCACCACCUCGAACGAUUUGCACCACGAACAUGUCCAUCGCCACAUCCCGCCACCGGAUGGCACCUCAAACCUCAGUCCACAGGCCACCAGCGUCCUCGCAUUCCACGGCAAAAACGUUCCCAGCAUCACCAUCCUCAGUUACCUGACUCGUAUACACAAAUACUGCCCAACAACCUAUGAGGUGUUUCUGAGCUUGUUGGUUUACUUUGACCGCAUGACAGAGCUGGUCAACAGAGGGAAACUCGACCACCUGCAGCAUCGCUGGGACCCUUUAGAGGAUUCAGAUCCUUCUUCUGCAUCACCUACAUCUCAACACAUGCACGACUCGCCUAUGGUGACCCCUCCAUCUUCAACUGGCUUAGCUGCGCAGGAUUCGCAGGGGCCGAACUCCUCCAUUUCGCCAGGCCUCUCCCCCCAGUCUGAUGCCGAGACUCUUUCACAUUUCUUCGUCGUUGAUAGUUUUAAUAUCCAUCGACUGGUCAUCGCAGGUGUGACUUGCGCCAGCAAGUUCUUCUCUGACGUGUUCUACACCAAUUCACGUUAUGCAAAGGUUGGAGGUCUGCCUUUAGUAGAGCUCAAUCACCUGGAACUGCAGUUUCUUCUCUUGAACGAUUUCCGACUCGCUAUCACCGUCGAAGAGCUUGAGGCAUACGGAACAAUGCUCGUUGAAUUCUAUGCACGCGAGGUCGUGACGCAACAACAGCAGCACCAGAUGAGCUUACCACGACCCAUCGACCCGGCCCGUGAUCCAAAUUCAGAUGCAAUGUACAUGCGAUCCCGCGACAAGCACCGCAACCAUCCAGAAGUCGGCCAGACCCCGACCCCACCAUAA